GAUCACCAUUAAUCGAAGCAUUUUCAAAAAACGCCUCCGAUGAUAUUUCUGACCACUGCGCUGCGUGAGCGAACAGAAUCGCUCGGAACUUAAGGACAACAAAAACGGAACGAAUGUUUCCGAGGCCCGCGGAAGAUUGUUUUCAUUAUGUCAGUAACACUCCGGCGCAAUUGACGAAAUGAAGGAAAAAUCUAAAAAUGCCGCGAAGACGAGAAGGGAAAAGGAAAAUGGGGAAUUUUACGAGCUGGCGAAACUACUGCCUCUACCUUCGGCCAUCACCUCUCAGCUGGACAAAGCAUCCAUCAUCAGACUGGCUACCAGCUACCUCAAGAUGAGAGCUGUGUUUCCUGAAGGUCUGGGAGACGCUUGGGGACAGACUAGCCGUGUAAGUCCCCUCGACAAUAUGGCAAGAGAAUUAGGAUCCCACUUACUCCAGACUCUAGAUGGCUUUGUUUUCGUAGUGGCUUCCGAUGGCAAAAUCAUGUACAUUUCAGAAACCGCCUCCGUCCAUUUGGGAUUGUCCCAGGUGGAACUAACUGGGAACAGUAUUUAUGAGUAUAUUCAUCCCUCCGAUCACGAUGAGAUGACUGCAGUCCUCACAGCUCACCAACCUCUCCAUCCUCACCUACUGCAAGAAUACGAAAUCGAUCGUUCCUUCUUUCUGCGCAUGAAAUGUGUUCUGGCCAAAAGAAAUGCAGGUUUGACUUGUGGUGGUUACAAGGUCAUCCACUGCAGUGGAUAUUUGAAAAUCCGCCAGUAUGUAUUUGAUGUGUCUCUCUAUGAUGGAUGUUACCAGAUUGUGGGACUGGUGGCAGUGGGUCACUCAUUGCCACCCAGCGCUAUUACUGAAAUCAAACUUCAUAGCAACAUGUUCAUGUUCAGAGCCAGUCUGGAUCUCAAACUCAUAUUCCUAGACUCAAGAGUUGCAGAAUUAACUGGAUUCGAGCCCCAGGACCUGAUAGAGAAGACUUUGUACCAUCACGUGCAUGGAUGUGACGUUUUCCAUUUAAGAUACGCCCAUCAUCUCUUGCUGGUCAAAGGACAAGUGACAACAAAGUACUACCGCCUGUUGUCCAAACAUGGAGGCUGGGUGUGGGUUCAGAGCUACGCCACCAUCGUGCACAACAGCCGCUCCUCCAGACCCCACUGCAUUGUGAGCGUCAAUUAUGUUCUCACGGACGUUGAAUACAAGGAACUGCAAUUAUCACUGGAUCAAACCACCGCCGUCAAGUCCUCCUUUCCCUAUAAGAUGCUACUGUCUACCUCACAUGAAAGCCAAAAACAACUCAGACCCAAAAUCUCCAAGUUGAAGUCGAAGCUAAAGACAUCUCCUUAUCCACAGCAAUAUAAUUCAUUCCAAGUGGAGAAAGCCAACUGUGACCGUGCUGAUAGCUGGGGCGGCAGUCCCUCGCUCAAUGUUGAAUCGGCCCAGGAAGACCCCUCCCACACGCUGAACAGUGAACUCCUUUACGCCUCUUCCUACAGCCCCCCUUUCCCCUACACCUAUGGAAACUUUCCGCUGGAACCGCAGGCUCUUGGCAGCAAAAAACAGAUGGCGCCCAGCAAGACUGUUCAGAGUCAAGGGUCGUCGUGUGAAACCACGAGAUUCUACGUUGGUGCGUUUCAAGCAACUAACGACCACUGCUGGCAUUUGACGGGCUCAACGUCAUCUCAGAAUCUGAAUGCCUCAAAAAGUCCGCAGGACCACCAUGUCAGCGACUCCCAGUAUUGCUCUGCACAGAAUUAUCAGUGUGUAUUGCCCAACAGUAGACAUUGUGAAGCGGUCAGCUAUGCCACCUUUCCAAGUUUGGCGACAUCAAGACCGAAUACUAAGUACAAGGACAAACCUUACAGCAACCCUGUGAAACAAACCAAAAUGGAAUCGCUGCAGCCCCCACAGCACGUUAUCAAGGAGGAGUGUAAAGUACUGUUCAGACACAAUUCUCAGGAGAAAUUAUGCAAUGACGUAAAGUGUUUUUCACCCUCUUUAAGCAAUUCGUUGUUAGCUAAAUCAGACUGUGAUGCGGCCAAGCCAAUGACAAGGAUAAGCCAACAACCUUUACCGAGCCCAACUGUGUACGAACAAGGCAGGCGGAUUUGUGUGAAAGAGGUGCCGUAUGAUCAUUUCAACCACCAGAAACACAACCUGGGUGACAUUAACAGUGGACGAUACAAUAGAAAAGUGAAUGAAGGGAGGCCACAGCAGCUAGAGUCGUUGGGUGUGGGGACAUCAGGGCAAACCCAGCUUGAAACCUUAAGCUAUGGACAAUUCUUUGCUAAACACACCUUUCAAAGGUCACCCUGCGCACUUACAGGCUACAUCAUGGAUAAUCGAGGGUACGUUGCUGAUGGCAAGAAUUCUCCUGGUUACCAGAACCCAAGUCCUGCUUUGAACUCUUCACCAGACAUGCACCAGGAGCCUGCCCUUCCACAUUACAUAGGGACAUCUGUCAUAAUAACUAAUGGGAGGUGACAAGGAAUCUAUGUGACAUGUGGAAGAUGAAUUUGUUACAAAGUAACUAAACAACAACUACCGUUCCAUCUGCAGGUACAACAGUGAGUCCUGGUUUGCAGUGGUACUGGUACUGGCAAACCAUAGUCCAAAGCUUCUUUGAUGCCUCAAUGCUAAUGUGUUUCUUUGUCUCUAAGAGUUAACCCCUAAAUUAAUGCAUUGUAAGAAGACAAACACACAAAACAUUAUCACUUGUGCAAUAUUUCAAAUGUGGACAAAUGGGACAGUUCGGAGUUUUGCAUUCUUUCUUGCAUUAUUGAAGAUAAGCUUUCCCUCACUAAUAGAUAUUAUCUUAUUGACGUAUAUGAAAAAAAACACUAACAAUGCCAAACAGAAAAUGUCUGCAUCGUAAGGUUUUAUUACAGAUUCUGAAGGAAUAAUACUAUGUAUUAAAUGAUUGCAAUUACCGAAAACAAGGUCAUUUAUUGCUCUGGGGUUUAUACAUGGUUAGCGUGUCAGUCAGUGUCACAGUUGGGAACGUUUAAUGAACACAUCACUGCUUCUGCAAGCCUAAGGGAAAGCCAUGAAGCCUUUGCCAAGACAAUUGUUUGAACAAUGAAUCAGAUUCAGUCAUAAAUGGAGCCAUAUAUGGUAAGCACUUGCAGAAAAUAUGUUUGAUCAGUAUGUAAAUACAGAUCAUUCCCAUGCUAACUAACCUCUUACCAGAACAAUUCCCCACUUAUGUUUCCAAUUGACCAAAUCCGAAAAAAUGAUUAGCCAUGUGCCGCCUCUUUAAAGUGCAGAUGUACUUGUCACAAUUCUCCCUCAAAUAUCAACGACAAGAGUUGCUUCAGCCUGCGAAUCGAAUAAUAAAAAGCCCUCACAAUUGUCAAGAGAAUUCCACCAAUUAAAUGUCAGUGACUGCAAAAGAAGGUAGGUUCUUGCACUAUUAAAAAAUUAUAUAAUGAGCGGUUACUUGUGAGAGAGACUAGGUU